AAGAUCAGCCUUCUGUAGAUUGUAGGUCUUUCCAACAAAUUCUGAUAGAUGCUAAGCGAAAAAUAAAAGACGAACGCGAGGCAAUGGGUCUUCUCACGAAAGAAUUGGUACCAUCUUUCUUGAAUAAAUUUGUGUCAAAAUCUGCAUUGACUACUACUACUCAACCUUCGUCGAACCAUUCUGUUGCGUUUUACGAUCGUUUACUUCCUGCUUUUGCACCAAAAAAGCCCCGUAGCGUGUUGGUCAAGAAACGUCUUUAUAUAAAGAUAUUAGGUCAAACAAUCUACACUGGAAACCGACUCAAUCAAGCAUAUAGCAAGAACGGUCUAAAACGGAAAUUUGUUGAAGAGGUGAAGUCGAAUAAUCAUAAUUCACGCAAGAAAUUAUUAGCAAACCCUCCGCCACCACCACCGAUUUCUCCUCCUGCUGCGUUAGAAGCGAAAAUAAAUGCAAUGGGAGGCUACGAUGUAAGAUUCGUGAUAGAGAAGAUGUUGUACAAAACCGACGUAGACAAACAUGAAGAUCGACUAUCAAUUCCCGUGAGGCAAAUACGAGACGCAUGGUUUCUGGACGAGGACGAGCAGAAGAUCAUAUACAAGAAGGGAGAAGAGUUGAGCGUAAAAGUAUUGGAACCGAGUGAUGAUCGUUGCGAUAUGAAGCUGAGCAAGUGGAAUAAGCCUAAUUCUCUUACGCUGAGGACAAAAUGGAAAGAAGUUUUAGGGAGGAAUAUGGAUAUAGUUGAUAAGGAGACAAAUGUGGUUGUAGAAGCGAAGUACUUUAAGAAAGGAGACAUCAUUCAGCUUUGGUCCUUUAGGAAACAAUCAGUCGAAGGUUUAAAACCUGAACAUUGGCUUGCUCUCAUUAAUAUGACUCGCAUUCAUGAAGAACCCUAAAAUUAGGAGUUUUUUCUUUCAGCUAGAGGAUGUUUUAUUUAGUUUUUGUUAUCAGAUUAUGUUAUU